AAAGGGUAGGGGGGUCUUAAUCAUUAAGAACUUUAAAAGGCAUUCAUUACGUGUCAAAAUCUAUAAAACAUCGUUUUUAUUGUGUAUUAUAAAUAUUUGUUAAAUCACUGUGGAAUAUUAGACAACUGCCAGGCCAUGACUCAGAUGAAGAAAAUAAGCUACUUGGUACUUCGUAAAAAUGGAGGCUUAACACCAACAACUUUGAGUUUGUGUCCGGGAUUCAUUAUGUUCCCUCAAGCCUUACGCCUCAGCCGUUUGUUUACUCAGGCAAGGUGCAAUUCAUGGGGCACGCGGAUACGCAUGAAUUCAGGGUUCCUGCAGGCCAAUGUCGUCAUCCUGCACAAGGACCUGGCUGAUGACUUUGAGGCGUUCUGUCACGCCAAUGGCAGCCCCCUGCCUCUGCUGUACAGGAGCCAGGCAGGAGAGUGGGGAUGCCCUCCACUGGCUGCCAAUGCAGACAUUAGAACGGACUGUCCCCAGUAUUGUGUGUUUGAGAACGGCGUGUUGACCAACAAAGUGGUGGAUCUGCUGGCGUACACCACUCAGCUGCAGGACAUGGUGAGCUUCUACCUGGGCUGCAGCUUCAGCUUCGAGAGGGCCCUGGAGAAGGCCGGAGUGCCUGUGCGCAACGUGGAACAAGGCAGAAACGUUAGCAUGUUCAGGACUGCGCAAACCUGUAAGAGAGUUGGUCGCUUUGAGUGCCCUCUUGUGGUGACAAUGAGACCUGUGCCCCUGGACAAGCUGGACCUUGUGGCUCAGUGUACCCACCUGAUCCCACAAGCUCAUGGAGGCCCAGUCCACAUUGGAGAUCCAGCAAUCCUUGGGAUCCAGGAUGUGUCCCGUCCAGAGUAUGGGGAGCCGGUGGAGUCCUGCCCAGGAGACGUGCCUGUGUUCUGGGCCUGUGGCGUGACUGGCGUGGAGGCGGUUCAGAGCAGCAAGCCUGCCCUGGCCUUCACCCACUCCCCAGGCUGUAUGUUUGUGACGGAUAAAGAGGACACGGCCACGUCCCCGCUCACAGUCAAACCCUCCGAAUGCCCCGUGACAUUUCACAUUUCCCAGAAUCCCUUGCACUUUAGCAUGGCCUCCAAGGCCACUGUGCAGCAAAUUCGCCAGCUGGAGGAGAUAGCUGUGGAAGACCCUGGCCAGAGGGGCAUACGAGCGUUGUUCGUUCAGGACGAGCUCGUCAAGUCCUGCCUCUCUCUCUCCCACGCGUCCACCGUGCUCAUCACCACGGGCUUCCCCACCCACUUCAUGCACGACCCCCCCGAGGAGACGGACGGCCCGCCGGGCGCCAUCGCCAUGGCAGCCAUGCUGCAGGCCCUGGGCAAGCAGGUGGUUGUGGUGACGGACCAGCGUGCGCUGGAGAUGAACCACAGGAUAGUGCAGGACGCCGUGGAGAAAGGUGUGAUAAAGACAGCUGUCCCCCUGCUCAGCUUCCAGGGCACGGGGUCGGAAGCGGCCAUUCACUUCCUGUGUCACGAUGGAGACCCUGAAAAACCCAGGUAUGACCACUUGGUGGCGAUAGAGCGCAGUGGCAGGGCGUCCGACGGGAACUACUACAACAUGAGGAUGAUAAACAUCAAGCACCUGGUAGAUCCCAUUGAUGACCUCUUCACUGCGGCCAGCUCCAUCCCUGGCAUGUCUACCACAGGCAUAGGCGAUGGAGGAAACGAGUUGGGCAUGGGCAAAGUGAAGGAUCUAGUUACAGCUCACAUGCCCAACGGUAGCAUCAUCGCCUGUGACGUGGCUGCUGACUAUGCCAUUACUACAGGUGUGUCUAACUGGGGAGGAUACGCGGUGGCCUGUAGUCUGUACCUGCUAAACUGCUGUCUUAUUCACCGGCGUUAUCUGCAGUAUGGUCUGGGUCAGCCCCCCACGGCUCAGGAGGCCUGGGCCAGCAGUCUACCCUCUGUGGAGAAGGAGGAAGAGUUUCUGUCCAUCCUUGUGAAGUACGGCGUGCGCAGCGGGAAGACAGGGAACCUGGGCCUGGAGGUGGAUGGCUUGACCUUUCACCCCACACACUCAGACAUCAUCAGACGCCUGAUAGAGGUCACUCGGCUUGGCCCUUCCUCUUUCAAGUGACGCCACCGGUUGUGUACAUCAGCCAGUAGAGUGAAGCAAUGCUAAAGUCGUGGGGUCAGUUCCCAACCAUCCUUACCGAUCGUGUAAGAGACAUUAUUUCCUAAAAAAAAAAAUCGCCAGCCCUGUGAAUCAUUUCAGUGUCUGGUGCAUAAGCUCAAUAAUUGUCAGGCAGGGAUGCUCCUCUCUUUAGAAGCAUUGCAAUCGCUCAAAAUGCUGGACAGUGUAGACAUUUCAGUUGUUGAUUAUGGCGCUGAGGAGCGACCAAGAGUCGACAAUUAUAUUUUAACAGGACAUCUAUUUUCAUUACAAAAAAGAAUUGCCCCACAGCACCUUCAAAUGAGGGAGCCGAAGGGCAGAGUCUGUGGUUUCAGAGUUCUCCGAGACAUCGAUGCCUACAGUUCCAUCACAGUCAUAUAAAACCUCUAAAAAUAUAGAGUAUUGAGGUUAAGAUUCUCACGCAACCAAGAGCUUCCUGGUGAUCUACCUACUGUCAUAAAGACAGAUUAGACUCAUGAUUUACUCGUAUGACACAUCGUUCCUUUCGCAAUGGUUGAACUUGCAACUGUAGCUGCUUUCAUGCGUGUGCCUUUGGAUCGACUUGACACAUUUUAAAAGUGAUCAAAGGCCGAUUAAAAGUGAGAACUCUAUUUCCAUAGUGAUGUAACACAGGUCACGUGUAAGUUAUACACAGCGCAGACCAUAUUGCGCAAUGAAAGCGAUUCUUCAGUGUGACUAGCGUGGAUAAUGGCUGACUUAUUGUGCCUUUUGCCAUGCCUGUCCUGUCAGAGCUAACGUUUGUUUGUUUUUGAGCAAUACAUAACAGCUUUCAAGGUGCAGUAGGAAUCCUUUAGGGUGAUAUAUUAGGAGAAAGGGAAUAAAAUAUUCACAAUUAUGUUUUCAUCAGUGUAUAUUCACCUAUAACUACGAAUGGAUGUGUUUCCAUUAGCUUAGAAUGAGCCCUUCGUACCUACACUGAUACUAGAGGGGGCCUUUGGCGUGUUUUAUGGCACCCCACGGCCACCACCUACAUACUGCACCUUUCAAAAUAUGUCUAAUACACCUACUCCGUGCCCGAGGGGAUGCACCUACAUUUUAGAGCCAGGUGUUGAAGAUUUCAACUUCAUACAAGAAAAAAAAAAACAUGUGCCCAGGAUUAUUAUUAUGUUAUUAUUCUUUUGCUCUCUCUCAGUGUCUGAGCUCUCUCAUCUAAUCAUUUUUUCACACUCACCACUGCCAGGUCAGGUCAGACCAUAGCUGCCAGUUUCGUUUUUAGGCAGAUUUCAUCAGUGAUAAAUAUUUAUGUUCCACUGACGAAUAAAACCAGUAAUGUAAACACAGUCUGACAGGAAGGGAAGGAGGGUUGAGAAAGGCAAGGAUGGACGUAAUUUGCCGUACCUGUCAGCACACACUCUUCUUUUUGAAGCAGGUGACACGUUUCUGUGCUGCCCCAAAGCCCAAAGACUAACCAACACACACACACACACACAGACACACACAGACAAACUCUUGUGCUCUGAGAGAUUGUAUCUUUGCAUGUGAGAAAAGUAGUUUUGAAUAAACACGAUAUCAUCGCUGAUCA